AGUGUAAUUCAUGAGAGAGUAGAAAACGUCAUAUAAAUAUGGUUCCAUUAUAAUUAUUGUUGUUGUCACGUAAUUAUAAUCUAUAAUCUGCCGUAAUGUUUACAAAACUCACAGCUUGUUUCUGUACUAAAAUCUUUAAUAGAUUAUUAUUUAUUUUCCAUAGAUAACCUAAAAGUUUUACAUCUAUAUUUGCAAUAAUACUUAAUUAUUGUAAAUACUUGAGUUCUUAUUUUAAAAUUUAAUUAAGUUUACAACCAUAUUAAUUUAUAAUAUAAAAAAAAUUUUUUAAUUUACUAAUGUAUUAAGAAGUAAGUUUUGAUAAUUGAAUUUUUUUAAUUGUGUAAAGCGAUAAUAGAAUAUACACUAAUGGCAUCUUUAAAUAAAAACAAUGUUAAUGGCACUGAUUUCCGAAAUGCUCAUGCUGAUGAACGGGAAACUCUUUUGGAACAUGAUAGUGAACCCGAUGAAGAUAUGAUUUUCAGUCGUUCCAGCAUAUCUGAUGACGAUGAUAUUAAAGUUCACCGCAAUAUAGAUAGCGUUAAAAUACAAAUACGAGAAGUGACUGAUGUAAUUCGUGAUAAUGUACAAAAAGUAUUGGAAAGAGGAGAAAGAUUGGAAGAUUUACAAUUAGCUAGCGAUCGAUUAAGUUUUGCUGGUAAUGAAUUUUUUGAUGCCGCUAAAAGAGCGCAACGUAGAGCAUGGAUACAAAAUAUUAAAUCCCGAGUUAUAAUUAUUGGAAUAACCGUUGUUGCUAUAAUAUGUAUUAUAGUUCUAGAUGUCGUGGUGCUUUAUCUGGUUCUCAAAUAAUUAUCACAUUCUGGCAAAAAUAUUUCAUACUAAAUUAAGUGCCUAUUAUAAUAAAUUACUCCUAAUUCAAAAAAUGAUAAUAAUUUAUCCGGAUCAUUGGGACUGGAUUUUUGGAUAACCUUCUCCGUAUUAAACUUUUCUACAUAUUUAUAUAAAAAAAAGUU